GUCAGCUGCCAGUGUCAUUCAGCUGUCAGUGUCAGCCAGCUGCCAGAGUCAACCAGCUGUUAGGGUCUGUCAGCUGUCGGGGACUGUCAGCUCAUCGCCAGCUGCUGGAAAGCUGUUUUGGAAAGGUGCUGGUGGUCCCAUAGUCGGGGACAAGAACCCUGUGGUGAGGAGUAUCGAGGUCCUCUGAUCUGUCCUCUACGUGCCUUCCCCAGGAUGCAACCUAUGUCAGUUAACUAACUCCCAGGUGUGUGAUGAUGAGCGUGACCAUGGUGUGGGUGGCCGGGGUGGUGUUGGCGGUGGGUGCUAGGCUGGUGCAGGAGGGCGGCGCCGCCACCCCUGUCCUCACGCCCACACGUCACCUGGGCGCUCACACCAAGUUCGUCGUCGACUACGUCCAGUUCUACAAGCCUUAUGCAGUGUGUCUCCUCAGGCAUGCAGAAAUCAGUCCUUGGGUGGAGAAGACCUUUCGGGGUCUGGUUGCACACUCCAACGCCUACCUGGCCGUCAUGCCAAUUGGCCACCCGAUGGACGCGAGAACCCACCUAAGUGACGGAGCGACCCACUUGCCAGACGAGGCAACCCACCUGGGAAACUUAGGUGGUGGGUCUGGUAUCGUAAGCCAGGGCCACACGCUGUUUGUGUUCCGUCUGGAGACAGCGGACGACGCCCGCCGCUUCUACCAGGUAUUCAGAGGAGCGCCUCUGUGGUACAGCUGGCUUCUGCUGAUCCCUCAGACUCGCUGGACCCAGUGGCUGCACCAUCUAUACCUGCCUCUCAGUAGUAAGGUGAUCGUGGCCACAUAUACGGAGGGGGAGAAGGAGGAGAGAGCCAUGCCAUGGUGGCAGGUGUAUCAGGUCUCCCCUGCCACAGAGAAGAACGUCCUGGCCUCCGGCAUCUGGUCCCUGGGAACAAGUGUAUCGGGAGAGAAUGACUGGGUCAAGGGUCACCUCAGGCCGGGAGAGAGUGUUGAGGAGAGGCAGAUGACCUACGGGACGGUGAGAGCGGUGAAGGGAGACCCACUGCCCCGCCGGACGGACCUGACGGGCCUCCACCUCUCCUGCACCACCAUUCAUACGUCCCCCCACACUGUACUGACGGAGGGCAACAACGGCACUGUUACUGUGGCUGGCAUCUUCGGCGGCGUCCUCAAACUCUUGCAAGAGCUCACAAACUUCACGUGCUCGUGUCGACCGUCUAGAGACGGUCUGUGGGGCAGCCUGGUGGACGGGAAGUGGACGGGUAUGAUACGGGACCUGGUGGACGGUGAAGCAGAGAUGGCCGUGGCGUCACUGGACAUCACCGACGAGCGCAGUACCGCAGUUGACUUCCUCCUGCCCAUCACUCGAACCCACUACAAGAUGGUAAUGAAGCGGCCCUCUAACAGUGAUCGAACGUGGAUGACCUUCACGCAGGAGUUCCAUGUGCAUGUGUGGGCAGUGCUGGCAGCCUCGGUCUGCUUGCUCUCCCUCACCCUCUACCUUACCUCUGCCAUUGUAAAGGAGAGGCAACACAUUAGUCUUUCAGAUUCCCUCUGCACCGUUUUUGGAGCCCUAUGUGGACAAGGAACCAACUUGCAGUUCCAAAGGUUGCCAUGCCGUCUGGUGGUGCUGACGGUGCUGCUCCUGCAGAUAGUGGUGUUGGCUCACUACACUAGCAACCUGGUCUCAGCGCUGGCUGUGGGGCCCUCACUCCCCGCCAUCUCCUCCAUCGGCGACGUCGUCAGCAACCCAACGUUCUCACUCGGCACUCUUCAGGACACAGCAUAUCUUGGCUAUCUCAAGAACUCUCCAGAGCCUGAGCACCAGAUGGCGUACACCAACCUGAUGGCGGGUGGAAGGCGUGGUCUGGUGGCGAGCACCACAGAGGGCGUGGCUAGGACGCUGCAGGAGAACUACAUCUACAUGGACUGCUCCGUCUACCUGGUGAAUGAGAUCGACUGCCGCCACGUCAUCCUCCCCACUGCUUAUUUCCCCGCCAUCACCUCCAUCGCCCUCCAGAAGGGUUCCCCACUGGUUCAUAUCUUCAAUCAAAUAAUCCUUAAGAUGAAAACUUCGGGUCUGAUGCAUAGCUUGGAGCAGCGAUGGACGACUACUGAACCAGAUUGCGAGGAGACCCACUUCAUGGCUAUAGGACUGGAUGCCCUCCUCACACCCUUCCUCCUCCUCAUGCUGGUGAUGGGAGUGUCCGUGGUGGUCUGCGCCGCUGAACACCUCCUGCAAGAGGUGUGCUCGAGAGUCUCCGUCCAACACACUGUCAUCCGCCCCAAGCACAUAAAGUGUACCAAGACUUUUUGAUAAGCAGCUCUCAGCGUAUUGUACCCCGGAUGUGUGGGGCUUUUUAUCCUAAAUCCUAAAUAUAGUAAAAAAUAUACAACAAAAAUUAAACCAAUUUAAUUUGUUGAUUAAUUAUAUAUGUAUGUGUAUAUAUCUAUAUAAAUGAAAAUGUAAAUGUUCGUUAGUUCAAAAUCGCUAAUCUCCGAAA